AUGAUCGAGAAUUUUAUGACCCAGUCAAAUAUGAUGCUUCAUUUUUACGUUUCACCUAACCAAUCAGCGAAAUCAAAUGCAGCUGUUUUUAUUUCAAGUUUUAGAAUGCUACAUUGCAAAAUGAAUGCAGAAGAAUCAUUUAAACCACUACGUCCAAUAUCAUCAACACUUAAACCUUUUCGUGAUGCUUCAACUCUUCCGUCAACAUUUGAUUUAUCGGUGUUAGAUUGUUUACGAGGUCUUCAACACGCAAUUGAACUCGGAUGGUUUAAUAUUGAUACCUUCGAUCCAGAGACUUGGGCAAGAAUUGAAGCAAUCGAAAAUGGCGAUAUGAACUGGCUCAUACCAAACAAAUUACUUGCAUUUGCAUCACCAUAUUCGACGAAUAUCCUUCCAGGAGGUUUUAGAGUUGCAACUCCAGCAACUGUCAUCCCAGAAUUCAAAAAUCUUGGAAUCACACAUGUUAUUAGACUUAAUAAACCAUUUUACGACUGCGAAGAAUUUAAACAAGCAGGAUUCAAGCAUACCGAAUUAUAUUUCCUCGAUGGAAGCACUCCACCGCAACAUAUUUUAGAAGAUUUUCUAAAAAUUGCAGAAACAGAUGAAAUAAUAGCUCUUCAUUGCAAAGCUGGUCUUGGAAGAACGGGAACUCUUGCAGGCUGCUACAUGAUUAAAAAUCAUGGUUUUACAGCACGAGAGGCAAUAGGAUGGAUCAGAUUGUGCAGAGCUGGCAGUAUUAUUGGUCCACAACAACAAUAUUUAUUACAAUAUUAUAAUGAAAUGCAAAGACCACAAACAGACGCUAACCAAGUACAUGAACCACUUGUUCAACUCGGUUCGCACUCAAAGAGAUUGAUUAGAAAUACAGGAAAAGGAAUUAAAGUAAACGAUAACGGAGAAAACAACAGGAAAGGCAAAUGGAAACGACAAGAUACAGCUCGUGCACCUAUAAGAAGGCCAUUCCGCCCUGCUGGAGAUAAUUUAUGCGUUAGAGCAACUCCAAUUAACUCUUUUCAUCCUCAGCCAAGGAAAAUCAACCAAAAGGAAGUCAAUCGCGGAAAUUAA